UUCUUCUCAUUGGCAGCGGUACGAGCGGGCGUCCAUUUUGUUUCGCCAUAUUGAAUUUGGUCGGACAUCUUUGGACGCCAUGUUUAGUCGGACAUAUUUUAUAAACAUUUUCGCGUAAAUUUCAAAUAUUUUUAAGGGCUAAAUAUCGAACUUUUUUUCACUGAAGUGUAUAACGUAGAUUGCAGUGAAAAUUACCCGAAAAAAUUCCGUGCCUACGCAGCAGUCCAUAUUGGAGUCCAGGGGGCCGUUCAGCUUUUGUUAUAUGCUAAAUAAAGAUAGAUAAUCGAGAUGAUGAACCAGGAGAUAAUGUGCGAGGUGGAAAUAAACACGCACGGUUCAAUGGUAGAGAUAGAUAAUGAUGAUCAAGUUGGUGUUAAGUAUGAAGAAAUAGAGACAGGACAAUACGAAGAAUACAUAACAGAUGAUCAAUAUGAAGAGGUGGAGGAACAAGUUAUCGGAAUGCAGCAUUUGGAAGAGGACUAUAAAAUUUCAGUGGGCAGCGAAGAAGUGAUACUGCCCGGCAUGCCGGGCGAAGAGGUGUUGCACAAUGCGAGCGAAGUUAGCUACGAUUCCGUGUAUACGCCAGCAUCCACAAGCAAUAGUAGAGGUCGCGGCAGGCCCAGAGUUAAUGCAAACAGCAAUAUACAACAUCUGAUGCCAAUUGGCGAAGUGUCGAUGGGCAUAAUGGAGAAUAACACGAACAGAGGCACGGCGAGGCGCUGGGAGCAGAAGCAGGUGCAGAUUAAGACAAUGGAGGGCGAGUUCUCCGUCACAAUGUGGGCCACUGGCGAGGAUGACGAUGACGGAUCGAAUCCGGAACCGGACCCCGAUUACACGGAAUACAUGACCGGUAAAAAGACGGUGCUCGGAAAUGAUACGAUGCCAGGUCUAGAUCUAUCGGAUCCGAAGCAAUUGGCGGAAUUCGCGAGGCCGGGCCACAAAAUCAGAUUGAAGAAACCGUCGCCGGAAUCGUCUGACAGGACUAUAGCCUGCCCGCACAAGGGGUGCGCGAAAAUGUUCAGAGACAACUCGGCGAUGCGGAAGCACCUGCACACGCACGGGCCGCGGGUGCACGUGUGCGCCGAGUGCGGCAAGGCGUUCGUAGAGAGCUCAAAGUUAAAACGGCAUCAAUUAGUGCACACCGGCGAGAAACCGUUUCAGUGCACAUUCGAAGGUUGCGGGAAGAGGUUCUCAUUGGAUUUUAAUUUAAGAACGCACGUACGCAUACACACGGGCGACCGGCCGUACGUCUGCCCGUUCGACGGCUGCAACAAGAAGUUCGCGCAGAGCACCAACCUGAAGUCGCACAUACUGACGCACGCGAAGGCGAAAUCAAGAAAUUCCCUAUCGCGCAAUGGGGGCGCGACGUACGAGUCUGCGAGAACGACUCCGCAGUUUGUCCAACUCGAGAUGUCACCGGACGACUCCAACCCGCAGUUGAUCUUCUACACGCACGAAUGAGCCGCGCCAAUGUGUGCGUAAACGUAUAUGGACACGGCCGUGUGAUAGUGUGAAAUGACAGCGAAAGUUAGUGUAAAGUGACAGCGAAAGUUAGUGUAAAGUGACAGCAAAAGUUAGUGUAAAGUGACAGUGAAUAUUGACUGAGUUAGUGUAGUGAUGGUGAAAGGGAAUAAUAUGGAACUUAACAGUUAAUAAUUGAAUACAUUUUGCAAUAUUUUGUGGAUUUGGAGAAAUUAGUGUGGUCUAUGAUGCAGGAUGAAAUUUAAGUGGGUGUGUAGGGGCCAGCUUUUUAAUGGAUGAUGUAUCAUAAAGAUAUGCCAUUCGAUUUGUAUGUAACUUUUUGUAUAUUGCUGGUUCUAGUGCAAAAACUCACCAGAUACCUAUUCAGGAACAGACACUAAAUAAUAAUAAACAUUAACCAUAAGCAAUAAGUUAUUUUCCAAAAAAUAUAUAAAUUUAUAAUCCUUGCUCCAACUCUAGGAUUUCCUGUGUUGUGGGAACAAAUGUUUAGAAAAUCGUUUGAAAGUUUUUAUAAAUAAGUUUUUAUUAUACAUGCAUACCAUUACAAUGCAAUGAGUUUCUAAUUUAUCAAUUUUUCAAUAAAAAACGCACUAAUAACCCUAUUUUCGUUUACUGCACACCUAAUUUGAUUGUCCUGUGUUUGACUAGUCCUAUUCCUAAAAGUCUAAUAAUGUAGGUAUAUGAGUAACAUGCAAAUUGAAUGAUAUAUUUUCAACAUAACAUUACAAUCUUGAUUGAAAUGAUACCUGUAUCACGAAAGAAUAACAUUUAAAAAGAUGCCGUAAUUUUUUAAUUACAUACUCAAAUGGCACAUGUUAUUAUGUGAUAGUUAUGAAUACAGGAUGUACUUGUAAAAAUAAAUUUGUACAUAACAAAGGUAUGUCAUUGAAAAUUUAUCGUAAACUAUCAUUUGUUUUAUCAUAAAAGACCACUGUUUUAUUGUUAUCUGAUUGGGCAAGGUUAUUUUAUUUUACUAUAUGAUUUUGUUUUGUGAUUGCUAUUUAUAAUAUUUGGCCAUUACAAAUGAGGUUUAACAAAAUUUACAGGAGAAUUAAAGUUAUACAGUUCAUCUUGGCCUCGAGCAGAAUAAUAAUUCUAUGAAAUACCUAGGUUUAGCACAGACUAUUCAAUGAACUAGAGGUGUAUAGAGUUCCUGUAUGUCCCUGUGUACAUUCCUGAAUUUUGAGCUGGCCCUCCCUUUAGGGCAGCCGUAAGUGGAAUGAGGCUCCACCUCAGACGCAGUUCAGCACGGAUUCUCUCGGGAGGGAUGAAAGUUCUCUAUGUACCUUGUUUCCAUCUCUCCUUACUCUAAUAGAUGAGAACACAGGAUGAAUGAUGAUGGAGGGGUAUAGGGGUUGAGUUGAUUUGAGUUGUUGGGGGGAGUCUCUUGUGCCUAGUGGCAAAUUUCAAAACAUUGCUUGGAUUGUGUAGUUUCUUUAGUCUGUGACAUAUAUCUUCAUAAUAAAAGAGAUCCUAUAUACAUUGAAGAGAUCAAGAAACCUGCUUUUUUUCAAAAGAUAUCCUAAUAAUGAUAUUAGUCACACAUAAAUCACUAAUUUAUGGUGUUCUCAAAAUCUUAUUUGUCUCACAGAUUCUCUAAAAAAUCUGCUGUAUGUACAUUGUUUAUAAUACAUAAAAUAUGCCAAAAAUAAGUUUGUUGUAAUAUUAUAUUAUAUAUUAGAAAUAUAUUUUAAGCACAGAACUUUAUCAACACAGUCCUUCGGUGUGUGGCCAAAAAUAAAUAAACAAAUAUGCUCAUUGUGUGUAAAAAUACAAGUUUCAUUGUCAGUGCAUUUUAUAAUGUUGAAGAUAUAAUAUCUGUGUUUUCUUUUUGUUUGUUUUAGAAAUCCUGUAUAGAAAUGGCUUUUUUUAUUAGUUUAAGAAGAUGAUAUGGAAGGGAAUGUAUUAAAAAAAUUAACUUGUCAAUUUUGUACAAUUUAUAAUAUAUAAAGAGUUAACAAUUAUCGGAGGCCAAAAUUCGAUGUGUACAUUUGAAUUUUUUCAUAAGUUACCUGCUUUAAGUUUAAAAAUUUUUGAGCCUUACAAAAUUAUGUUGUAUCAUUUUAUCAUAUAUACAUUUAGAAAUAGAAUCAUUGAUAAUGGCCUACUAACCUUCAUGAUAUGUGAAAAUUAGUUAAAAAUGUUCAUGUGGGGAUCAAUAUAAUAUUGCAUUAGUAGUGCUGUUAUGAAUAAUUCUCUUUUUAAUUAUGUAUAUUUCCUGCGAGUGCAUUGAUUUUUUAAUUUAAUCAGAAGAACAUAAACUGGUUUGAUUUUCCAAUGUUUAUUGGUUAGACUUAUUAUUUAAUACAUUUAUAGUUUAGGAAUAUCCAUUAAGUUUUAUAACAGGCAAUCCUGUAAAAUAAUAUUAUAAAUUCCAUAUCGUAAUAUAAACAUUUAAUCUGAUCGCCUCCUUGGUGCAGUGGUCAACGCGUGAACGUAGAACCGAGCGAUCCUGGGUUCAAUUCCCGGUGGGGAUGCACAAAAAAGGUCUCGGUCUAGCAGGACAUAGAAGGCCGAUCAUCUUCUUGUCCGUAAAGAAAAUCGAUCAGUGAAGCAGAUGUACAUCAUCUGCCCCAUACCCCACUAAGGUACACAGGACUUAAAAAACAAUUAAUUGAAGAUACUUCAGUCAUAAAUGGUAAUACUUUAACUUUAAAUAAUAAUAUAAUCCUUUAAUCUUAUUUUGUUCCUUGAAUUAAGAAAUCAAUGCACAAGUAUUAACUAUGCAUAGAAUAAUAACUAUUUUCUACUAAAACCAACCCUAUAUUUCUUUGUAUUAUAUUAAACACAAGUUAACUGUAAAAUGUUGAAAUAGUCAUUAUAUAGGUAGUAAUUACUUAUGUAUUGAAAAUUUAUUUUUAAGUCUUAAGUUUUAAAGCCAUGUCUUUCACGAAUAUUAUUUUUAUCGACUGAUGUAAAUAUCCUUAUAGUUGGUAGUGUGUUGCAAUGUUUAAAAAUUGUUUUGGUAAAGAUUAUGGUUUAGUGGUUUUGUUUCAUUUUUAAACAUUGCAACACUGUCUAAGUGAUUGUGCAAACACAAUCAGAAAACAUAAAUAAAGUGUAAAUAUUUAUAUA